AUGGGGAUGGACGAACUAGACCGCGAGAUCGCGGCCGCCGAGCGCGACGCUUCCCCAAACCGCUACCAUGGUCGCGAAAGCCAUGAGAUCGAACGGGUUCUCUCCAACUCCUCUACCUCGACCUCCUCGUCCACGGCAUCCCAGACCGGCGCCCGCCCCGCCUACCGCACCGGCACCGGCAUCAGCCGCAUCUCGACCCAGAAUGACCUCGAACGGCAUCCGACGGCCCUGAGCCGCAUCGCCACCGCCCGCAGCCAGCACUCCAACACCGUCGGCCGCAGCAUCAAGAGCAGGGAGCCGAAGAAGGCCCUGCCCGCCAUGGGCGCCGGCAAGCCCUAUCCACCGCUGCUGCCCGAGCAGGAGGACUACGUCGUCGAGUUUGACGGGCCCAACGACCCCCUGCACGCGCAGAACUGGCCGAUGAAGAAAAAGUUGCUCACAGCCGCAAUGCUUGGCUACACCACCAUGACCGCCGCCUUCACCUCUAGCAUCUUUUCUGCGGCUACGCAGGCCAUUGCGACAGAGUACAACGUCUCAGCCACCGUGGGCACGCUGGGCGUGUCCUUAUAUGUUUUGGGCUUUGCAUUUGGCCCAACGUUGUGGGCGCCCCUCUCCGAGCUUCGUGGCCGUAGGCUGCCCCUCGUCCUCUCAAUGUUCGGAUUUUCCGUUUUUUCUAUCAGCACCGCCGUCGCCAAGGACCUGCAGACGAUCCUGAUCUGCCGCUUCUUUGCCGGCUUCUUUGGCGCGUGUCCAUUGGCUGUCGUCGCCGCUGUCUUCUCCGACAUGUUUGACAACCGCACCCGCGGCAGCGCCAUCACCGUCUUCUCCAUGGCGGUCUUCACCGGCCCGCUCCUGGCCCCCUUCAUUGGCGGAUUCAUCGUAGAGUCGCACCUCGGCUGGCGCUGGACCGAGUACAUCCCCUCGUUCAUGGGUUUCGCUGCCUUCUUCCUCGACCUGUUCUUCCUCGAGGAGACCUACCCGCCAGUCAUCCUAGUUGGCAAGGCCGCCGAGCUGCGCCGCAGGACGAGGAACUGGGGCAUCCACGCUAAACAGGAGGAAAUUGAGAUUGACCUGAAAGAACUCAUCAACAAGAAUUUUUCUCGUCCCAUGCGCCUGCUUUUUGGCGAGCCCAUCGUCACUGCGCUGUCUGUCUACAUGGCCUUCAUCUACGGACUGUUGUACCUGUUCCUGACGGCGUACCCCUUUGUCUUCCGUGGCGUCCACGGUUUCGGCGCUGGCCAGUCGGGACUCACCUUCUUCGGUAUGAUCACUGGUCAGCUUAUUGCUGGUAUCACCGUCUUGCUUCAGCAGCCGUGGUACCUGCGCAAGCUCAAGGCCAACAACGGCGUGCCAAUUCCUGAGUGGCGUCUUCCGAGUGUCAUUGCCGGCGGGGUCUUCUUCGCGGCCGGUAUCUUUUGGUUCGGAUGGUCCGGAUACCGCCAGGACAUCCACUGGAUCGUCCCUACACUCAGCGGUCUAUUCACUGGUUUUGGACUCAUGUCUAUCUUCCUCCAGGCGCUCAACUACCUUGUCGACGCCUAUCUCAUGUUCGCCGCCUCUGCUAUCGCCGGAAACACCUUCCUCCGCUCCCUCUGCGGCGCUGGCUUCCCUUUGUUCGCGAGCUACAUGUUCAAGGGCAUGGGCAUCCAGUGGGCCUCGACGCUGCUUGGCGCCGUCGCCACCCUUCUCAUCCCCAUCCCCGUUGUGUUCUACAUCUGGGGCGCCAAGAUCCGCUCCAAGAGCGCCUACGCCCCAAAUUUCGCCGCCCCGGCCGACGAGCCCGAGAACGACGAGCCGGAGGCCCUUGCCAACGGCCACGCGAGUCACGAGACCGAGAAGCUGUCGUCCGACGCCGCGCUGGAUGCGAGCAGGCCGAGGACCAGCGGCGACAAGGCCAUGAACGCCGUCUAG